AUGGUUAUUAUACCCAUUAUAAAGAUGAAGAAACAGCAUUUCGAAGAAGUUCAGUCACCCUGUUACAAGGGAGUGAUACGGUACCCCCUGUCAAGCUCACCAGAGUUCUUCUCUUUGUCUGUCUUAGUUCGGAAGGAGAUGGCAAGUUCCCCUGGCUCCUGGUUCUCCAGCUGCCUCAUUACUCUGGUCAUCCUGCAGAUGCCUGCGCACCUGUCAGGAGAUGUCAGCAAGUUCCACCUCGCCCCGCUAGGGGGCACAGCCGAGCUGCUCUGCCCUCUGUCUCUCUGGCCGGUGUCGGUGCCSGUGCAGAUAAGGUGGCUGCGGCCCUCCGGAUCGCAACGCUCCCAGGCUGUUCACGUGUUCCGGGAURGAAAGGACAGGGAUGAAGAUCUGAUUCCGGAAUAUAAGGGCAGGACGACGCUGGUGAGAGACAUCCAAGAGGGAAGUGUCACUCUGCAGAUCCGCAAUGUGACCCUUGAGGAUCGAGGUCCAUACCAAUGUCAAAUCCAGGUCGGAAACCUGAGUCGAGAGAGCACCGUGACUCUUCAGGUUGCAGGUUCUGAUCCUUACAUCCACAUGAAGGGCUACGAUGCUGGAUGGAUCCAGCUUGUGUGCAGGUCGGUGGGAUGGUUCCCACAGCCAUGGGCCCAAUGGAGGGACCCGGAAGGCAGGAGGCUUCUAUCCCUGUCUGAGGAUCAYUCCCUGGAUGAAACCGGACUCUUCCGAACGGCAGUGUCCAGCAGAAUCAGGGACAACACUCUGGGGAACGUGUCCUGCACCAUCCGCAACAUGKUCCUUGGCCGAGAGAAGACCACAGCCAUGCUUAUAGAAGCCCCAUCCCCGGGAAUGCUCUCCUCCUCAGCAGUGGCRCUGGCUGUGGUCCUGCCUGUCCUGGGGCUCCUCAUCACAGUAGGCAUUUGCCUCAUCUGGAAGCAAAGAAGAUCAAGAGAGAAGCUUCUCUAUGAACAGGCGAUGCAGGUAGAAAAUCUUCUUGCAGACCAUGCAAAAGAAAAAGGAAGACUCCAUAAAGGCAUGAAGAAACUCCGGAUGGAACUGAAGUUGAAAAGAGCUGCAGCCAACUCAGGCUGGAGAAGAGCCCGGCUACAUUUUGUGGCAGUGACCCUGGACCCAGACACAGCACAUCCCAAACUCAUCCUCUCUGAGGAUCGGAGAUGUGUGAAGCUUGGUGACCGAAAGCAGCCUGUGCCUGACAACCCCCAGAGAUUUGAUUUCGUCGUCAGUGUUCUGGGCUUUGAGUACUUCACGGCUGGCUGUCACUAUUGGGAAGUGUAUGUUGGAGACAAGACCAAAUGGAUCCUUGGGGUGUGUAGCGAGUCGGUGAGCAGGAAGGGGAAGGUCACUGCCUCGCCCGCCAAUGGACACUGGCUUUUGCGACAGAGUGGACAGAGUCGUGGUAAUGAGUACCAAGCUCUCACCUCCCCGCAGACCUCCUUCCGCCUGAAAGAGCCGCCGAGGUGUGUGGGGAUUUUCCUGGACUAUGAAGCGGGAAUCAUCUCCUUCUACAACGUGACUGACAAAUCCCACAUCUUUACUUUCACUCAUAGUUUCUCUGGCCCCCUUCGCCCUUUCUUUGAACCUUGUCUUCAUGAUGGAGGGAAGAACAUAGCACCUCUAAUCAUCUGUUCAGAACUCCAGAAAUCAGAGGACUCACUUGUCCCCACGCCAGAAGGAAAAGGCCAUGCUAAUGGAGAUGUGUCCCUGAAGGUGAACCCUUCCUUACUACCUCCUCAGGCCCCAGAGCUUCCUCCAGUGAUGUCCUGGCCCUCUGACCUGGGCCCGGCCCUUCAGGGGCUCAAGGCUCCGUCUUUUUAG